UCUCAGAAAGUUCCCUUCAGAGGACGGCUGGAGAAGGGGUUAAAGGUCGGACGCAGCAUCAUCAUCAAAGGACAGACGAGUCCGAAUGCAAACAGUUUCAGCGUUAACCUGCGCGACGCCAGCGGCCAUGACAUCAUCCUCCACCUGAACCCCCGCCUGGCCAAACGAGUCUUCGUCAGGAACUCGUUCCUGUCCGAGUGCUGGGGCGCCGAGGAGUUGGACCUGGAGGCCUUCCCCUUCGCGGCGGGGGAGUACUUCGAGAUGAUCGUCCGGAGCGACGCGCGGCACUUCAGGGUCGCCGUCAACGGAAGCCAUCAGUUCGACUACAAGCACCGAGUCCAGGACCUGAGCGCCGUCGGCCAGCUGGAGGUGGUGGGAGACGUGACGCUCAUGGACGUCCGGAUGCUCUGAGAAACACUAAACCACUCACCGCACAACUGGGGUUCCAAACCGGCUCAGGUGUCCAAACCGGCUCAGGUGUGCAAACCGGCUCAGGUGUCCAAACCGGCUCAGGUGUGCAAACCGGCUCAGGUGUCCAAACCGGCUCAGGUGUCCAAACCGGCUCAGGUGUUUACCACGGCUCA